ACCAAAAUGGAGCAAACGGAAAGGCUUGAUAUGUAAAUAUUCAUUCUAAAAACCUCACUAGAGAAAAUUACACUUAACAAAGACAAAAACAUUAACCCCUACUUGGAUUUAUUUGUGGAUCCCUUGCUUGCUGACAACGGGAGUUUUGUGCUGCGUGGUCUGCAGUAUAAAGGGACACUACUGUUAAUCCUGGAGGAUCUGCAUUUUCUGUGCACUGAUAUGUGGAUACCUGGUAGCAAUGACUGAUGUGGAAUCUACAUAUGCAGAUUUCAUAGCCUCAGGAAGGACAGGAAGAAGGAAUGCAAUUCAUGAUAUACUUGUCACCUCUGCAAGCGGAAAUGCCAGUGAAUUAGCACAAAAGCUAUCAGAGCUAGAUAUAAACAAGUCUGAGGGUGAUGAAAAUGAACAGACAAACACUGCUGAGAAAUCUAAAGAAGAACAGAACAAGGAACCACAACAGGAAAGCUAAUAACACAGACUAAAUUGCUUUAGACAUUAUUAAAGUUACAUGUCUCAAAGUGACAUAAAGUGCUAUUUCAAAGUACUGAGGGAUUGCAUCAUGGAUGUGAUCAGCCACUGGAACAUAUCAAUGAAAUUACAAGCAAUGGAAUUUUAUGGAGAAAUCUGCCCCAAUUUUAUCAUAAGCAAUGGCUGAGGGAGACUGGUUAAUAGGAAAGCAUGGAUUUUAUCACAUGAAAUGUUAGUGCAUCAGACUUGGUGAGCCACAGAUACACUCAUUGUGAGUGGGUUUUGUAAUCACCAAAGGAUUAACAUUAUGCACUGUUGAAAAAGCUUCCAUAAUUAUUACAUUUCUAAUAAUUACACAGAAAGACGUCCCUUACAGACAACACAACACAAAAAUAAAUACAUUUAUUGAGAGCUUUAUCUGUGUUUAAAUAUCUUGGUUGUUUACAAAUGUGUUUUAUGGUACAGUUUAGUUUUUAAACCUGGCCAUCAAAAUGUGCACCUAAAAUUUGAUCUGUGAUUUUAUAAAACACUGAAGGGUUUGGUAUUUUAUUUCAUAAUCCAUUAUUUAAUCUCAUGCUAAAACAAUUAUCAAUCAAUACAAUCAAUUAUCAGCUUCUAAAAAUGAAUAUUACCCCACAUAUAGAUUAUUGAAUUCACUGUGCUGUGUAUCAUUCACUACAGUUUGCAUUUUGCAAUUAGGAAAUGUUAUCAUAGAUAUGCAUUGCUAUCAUUUAUUCUGUAAUCCCUUUUAAAGGUUUCGAUUUCCUGUUAAGAACUUUUUUCACAUACAUAGGUAUCUAAGCAAAUGAUGCACUAAAGAAUUUGUCACACUUUUCAAAAUAAUGUAAAUGCACAUCGAUCAGUGUGUUGUUAAAUCAGUGCACAAAUUCCUUCCAAAAAUAGUAUCUAUUUCUAACACUGUAUUUGUUAUAACUGUAAUAGUGCACUUUUUAAUGUCUGUAUAUUGUACUAAUAAAUAGUGUGUUUGUUUAUCAAUAAAAGUUAGCCUAACUCUU